GCGGGACUCGCCCUGGCGUGCGGCGCCUCUGUGUUGUCAUUAGGCGGCCGAUAGAGGACACGGGCAAGAUGGCGGUGGUGGCGGGUCUGUUACGGAGACCUCUGCGGCAGGUUUCCGGGCUGCUGAAGAGGCGUUUUCACCGCUCGGCGCCCGCGGCCUGACAGCUGACAGUUCGUGAAGCUAUUAAUCAAGGUAUGGAUGAAGAACUAGAAAGAGAUGAAACGGUGUUUCUGCUUGGGGAAGAAGUCGCCCAGUAUGAUGGUGCUUACAAGGUUAGCCGAGGUCUGUGGAAGAAGUAUGGUGACAAGAGGAUCAUCGACACUCCCAUAUCAGAGAUGGGCUUUGCUGGGAUCGCUGUAGGUGCAGCUAUGGCUGGGUUGCGACCCAUCUGUGAAUUUAUGACCUUCAAUUUCUCUAUGCAAGCCAUCGAUCAGGUUAUAAACUCAGCUGCCAAGACUUACUACAUGUCCGCUGGCCUCCAGCCUGUGCCCAUAGUAUUCAGGGGGCCCAAUGGUGCCUCUGCAGGUGUAGCUGCUCAACACUCACAGUGCUUUGCUGCCUGGUAUGGGCACUGCCCGGGCUUAAAAGUGGUCAGCCCCUGGAAUUCAGAGGAUGCGAAAGGACUCAUUAAAUCAGCCAUUCGUGAUAAUAAUCCAGUGGUGAUGCUAGAGAAUGAAUUGAUGUAUGGAGUAGCAUUUGAACUUCCUCCAGAAGCUCAGUCAAAAGAUUUUCUCAUUCCUAUUGGGAAGGCCAAAAUCGAAAAGCAAGGGAACCACAUAACUAUAGUUGCCCAUUCGAGACCUGUGGGCCACUGUAUGGAAGCUGCAGCCGUGCUGUCUAAAGAGGGAAUCGAAUGUGAGGUGAUAAACUUGCGUACCAUCAGACCAAUGGACAUUGAAGCCAUAGAAGCCAGUGUCAUGAAGACAAAUCAUCUCAUAACUGUGGAAGGAGGCUGGCCUCAAUUUGGCGUAGGCGCUGAGAUUUGUGCCAGAAUCAUGGAAGGCCCUGCCUUCAAUUUCCUGGAUGCUCCUGCUGUUCGUGUCACUGGUGCUGACGUCCCUAUGCCUUAUGCAAAGAUUCUAGAAGACAACUCUGUACCUCAGGUUAAAGACAUCAUAUUUGCAGUAAAGAAAACAUUAAAUAUAUAAUUUGGACUUAAGUAUCAGGUCAUUGAAAUUAUUUAAAAUACUUGCUGGCCCUUUGCCUGAAUUGUACUGCAAAACCUUACUAUUCAUAAAGUUCUUUCUAAAGCAGCAACAGGUAUUUCUGUUAAGUGUGUUUCAGGGAGAACUCUCCACUCCCCUGCCCUAGAUUCCAUGCUUUGUCUGUUACAGUUCCCCUUUCCUUAAUAAGAUUCAUGUAAACUUUUACCCUGUUUCACUGAAGGACAACGUAACAAUGUUGUAGAAUCCUGGUGGAAGGCAGGUCCAAAAAAGAACUUACAUGUCUAAAAAGUACACAUAAUCUACAUUUGCUGUUAGAUUGUUCUGAUAAGGAAUAAAGGGGAUUCUAUCUAUGA